CUCGCGGCCAGGCGGCGCGGCAUGCGCAUGCCCGGUGCGCGCCAUCUGCACCCAGUGUUGCAGCGCGCCGCACCGUAGGCCCUCCCGUGCCGCCGGCAACCGGCUCCCACUCUCCCUCCAGCUCCGGGCCCCGCCCCGCACCCCUGCCCGGUCAUUUGUGGGUGGGCCUGGGGCCGGGAGGCUCCGAGCCUGCGGCGAUUGGCUGACGUGGUGGCUGCGCACUGGGCCUGAGAAACUCUGGGCGAGCUCGCAGAGUCGACUCCUCAGGCGACGCCGGGCGCAUCUCAGCUAAUCCAAAAGUAAAUGAGAAACUUAGAAAAAGAUUGCCAACUCCAAAUCAACAUAUUUAGAGAAAAUUGGAAAAGGAGAAGCUUACUACAGCUUUAUUUGAGGACUUUUUAAAGAACGCAGGGUUCUAUCUCUGAGCAGCAAAUCUUGGAGUAAAAACCAGAGACAUUGCCAGAGCAAACAAGAAAGGAAGUACAAAUGGAGGACUGGUCAAAAGAUAUAACCCACAGUUAUCUUGAACAAGAAACUACAAGGAUAAAUAAAAGUACACAGCCAGAUGAGCAACUGACUGUGAGUUCUGAGGAAAAUAUGCAUCAGAAAUCCACUGAAUUAGUUAAUGAAAUAAGUUAUGAGAACACAAAAUGGUCAGAGCAGAGAUCAAGGAAUUUUCAGAUCAUCAGUUCUUACCCAGAUGAUGAGUCUGUUUACUGUACUACUGAAAAAUCCAACAUUAUGGAACAUAGACAUAAUGAUAUGCAUUAUGAAUGUAUGACUCCUUGUCAAGUUACUUCAGACUCAGAUAAAGAGAAUACAAUAGCAUUUCUUCUAAAAGAAUUGAAUAUUCUGAGAACAAGCAAUAAAAAGCUUCAAGAGAAACUGGCUAAAGAAGAUAAAGAACAGAGAAAACUAAAAUUUAAGCUGGAACUCCAAGAGAAAGAAACAGAAGCUAAAAUUGCUGAAAAGACAGCAGCUCUGGUUGAAGAAGUGUAUUUUGCACAGAAGGAACGUGAUGAAGCUGUUAUGUCUAGACUGCAAUUAGCCAUUGAAGACAGAGAUGAAGCAAUUGCACGAGCCAAGCACAUGGAAAUGUCUCUAAAAGUGCUAGAAAAUAUUAACCCUGAAGAAAAUGACAUGACAUUACAGGAAUUACUGAACAGAAUAAACAAUGCAGACACAGGGAUAGCUAUUCAGAAGAAUGGAGCUAUAAUUGUGGAUAGAAUCUACAAGACCAAAGAAUGUAAAAUGAGAAUAACUGCAGAAGAAAUGAGUGCACUAAUAGAAGAACGGGAUGCUGCCUUGUCUAAGUGCAAACGGCUAGAGCAGGAGCUUCAUCAUCUGAAAGAGCAGAACCAGACUUCAGCAAACAACAUGAGACAUCUGACUGCUGAAAACAAUCAAGAACGUGCUCUGAAGGCAAAGUUGUUAUCUAUGCAAGAAGCCAGAGAAACUGCAGUUCAACAGUACAAAAAACUGGAAGAGGAAAUCCAGACCCUUCGAGUUUACUACAGUUUACACAAAUCUUUAUCUCAAGAAGAAAAUCUGAAAGAUCAGUUUAACUACACUCUUAGCACAUAUGAAGAAGCUUUAAAAAACAGAGAGAACAUUGUUUCCAUCACUCAACAACAAAAUGAGGAACUGGCUACCCAACUGCAACAAGCUCUGACAGAGCGAGCAAAUAUGGAAUUACAACUUCAGCAUGCCAUAGAGGCCUCCCAAGUGGCCAAUGAAAAAGUUCAAAAGUUGGAAAGGCUGGUGGAUGUGCUGAGGAAGAAGGUUGGAACCGGGACCAUGAGGACAGUGAUCUGACUGAAAAAACGACAGUCUGGGGAAGCGAUCACAUCUGGUGACCAGGCUGCUUCAUUCAACACUGUGUAAACACUAAAGCCUUAACUUAGCAAACAGUUGUUAGAAGUGGGACACUCCAACCACAUUCCAAGCUGAGAUAAAAUCAAAUCACAAAUGUUUAACCACUUUGCUGCUGACUUGAGUUAUUUAUCCAAAUAUAUUAACUACAGACUUUUACCAAUAGGUAGAUAAAAGGUUACAGCUUAUUUUGUAACUAUUUUAUAUCUCAAUAUCUUUAAUAUAAAUUUUUUUACAGAGAGAUCAUUAUAGAAACAUGUUAAAGUUGGUUAGGAUCAUAUCUUUACAUAUGGCCCUUUCUGAAUCAAAGCGCAGCAAAGUAAAUAUUGUCUAAGCUUUAAUCCACUGUGUUAGGUCAAAACUUCAAAUACAUGCAUUUUUCAAUAUAGGGUAUAUUUCGUAACUGAUGAGAGAGGCUUAAACAUGAGUGUGUAGUCUUCCUUCAAUGCAUGUAUGUAAUCUUUGUUAGUAUUACAAAAUAUUGAAUAUAGAUCCCAUGAAUUAAAUGUGUAAUUUGUUUUAAUAAGAGACAGAUACAUUAAAAUUACAUUUAUCAAGGCAUGAUUUUUUGUUUUACUACAAGUAAUGCAAACUUUUCAAUAAAAAGGGGAGAUUGUUAAUGUACACUUAUGAAUUCACAUUGUCAGUAUUUUUUAAUGUUGGGUCUGAAUAAUUAUCCAAACUCUACUUAAGCUAUAAUAAUUGCCAAGUCUCUGUCAUUUUUGCUUGAAAAUUAGCAUGCCUCCAUCUUAAAAAAAAAAAAAAAGAGACCAUCAAACCUGUUAAGUAUUCUUACUGUUUAUCUUUUUCUAAUUACCAUUUUAUUUUUGUUGUGGAGGAGGGGAAUCCAAUAAAAAAUAUUUAAAAAAAUUAUAAUGUAGAAAUUACUUAGAAAAAAGUAAACUUGCCAUUUGGUUAAAGUUACCUGCUUUUUAUUUAAGAUACAACAUAGCAAUCACUUCUAUUCAUAUGAAGUUAUGAAUAGAACUGAAAUUUUUAUGUAAUUGGCUAUAGUCAAAAUAUUUUUAUUUUUUUAGAUUAAAACAGAUGGAAGCCCAAGAGGAAAUGACUAUGCAUGGAACAGGAUGAAAUAGACAAGUAGAGAUUUAAUUAGUGAAAAUUUUUUAGGCAAGGAAAAUUUUUUUCUAAGUCUAUACAUUUUUAAUUUAUCUUUAAGAUUGAGCUAAAUUAGCUACCAUUGCCUAUUUACAGGGUAAGUACAUCCAAGACAAUUAUUGCACCAUUCUUUCAUAUAUCAUAGUAGAUUAUACGUUUGAAUUUUUUUUACUUCACAGGAAAAAUGUAAGCUACUUUGUCAUAGGUAAUGAAAGAAUCAUAAUGCUAACAAACUCUAUUUCUUCCUUAUUAAAUCUGUAUUCAUUAAAGUAAUUUUUUAACUAUGAGAAUUAGGAAAUAAGGGACAAUGGGAGUUUAAAAUAAACUAAUUUAUUUUUCUCUAUAGUUCUAAAGAGAAUUAUAUUCUCUUAUAGACCAGGGACUCUAUAAUACAGAAAUAGGUAAUGAUUUGGUCAUACAGGGAGUCUUGUCUCUGGGCUGUAUUUGAAAGUUGUAACAGCUCCCUAUGUGAAGAAACAGCAUCUUCAAAGUCAUCUGGGAGGUUCAGGUAAGUAAAGAAAAACCAUUUUUGUAACAAAAUGGUCCAUUCUUGAUCCCUCUUAAAAUAAAUUACAAGUAAAAUUGAAUUUUUAGUUUAAUCCUGAAAACAGACGAACUUUUCUUCAGUUAUUUUGUCUGAGGCUUUAGAAGACAUAAAAUAUAGUAUAAAGGCAUUUCACAAUUUCCAAACAAAUCUUUCUACACUUAAAUGAUCAAACUAGAAUAACCAAUUCCAAUAAUUAAUAUGCAAAACUUUUGUAGACUAUGAUAUUAUAAAGUUAAAUUCACAAAAUAAUUCUAACAUCCACUAUUGUUCAGUGUAGGUAAUCUCCCAAAAAUAUCCUCUUGAAAAUGAGUUAUUCACAAAAUUUCAAUGAGUUGUCUACAGAAUUUCAAAUGCAAAGUAUUACAGCCAAAUAUUAUCUUAAUUAAUUUCAUACACUUAAAAAUGUCCAUCAACAGUAUGUCAUAUGGUCUUUAUGUAUUUUUUCUGUAUGGAGGAAUAGCCUUGCUUACUGAAGAUAGGUUCUCUAUAUAUUCAACAAUAAUGCAACUUUAGAAGUAUUCCACACUGCUGAGAAAUGUUGCUUUGAGUUUGCUUUACGCAUCAAGUCUAAUUCCUUAGUAACAAGAGAAUUCACUUCUUCUUGUAAAAAUAAGUAAUUCACAGGAAACAUUUGUAGCACUUGAUGAUUUACGAAGUCCUUUUACAUCUGUUUUUCUUUUUCAUUUCAUCCUAUCAACAACCAUAUAAUAAUAAUAACAAAUUUUAUAUAUAACCUAUAUAAUAAUGAUGGCAAUGAUAAUUUUAGUAUUACUGUCAUUAUAAUUAUUAUUAUGUUCAUUCUGCCGAUGAGGAGACAGACUCAGUAAGCCUUAGAAUUUGCCAAGUACUGCCUAGGACUUAGAACUAAGAUCUUACAACAAUACUCCAUGCAACUAGGAGUCUCUAAACCUCUCUGUAAGAAAACAAAAAAUUCAAAGUAAAGAUUUUAACUCUUGCGAUUUCUGUUGUUACAGUACCAUUUCUUUCAUAUACCUACAUACAAAUUCGCUAACAAUCAAAAGAUUGUACACAUUUCUUUCAAUAAAGUACAAUAAUGUGAACUGCAUAUGUAAACAGCAUCACAUUAUUACCACCUUUCUAUGGUAUUAUAGUGGCAGCAUUGCUUUGCCUCAGCCUUCAAUAAUGAGAAAUAUUGUUGACAAUUGAUUUCUAAUAAAAUAUAAUGUGAGUCUCUUUGUACUAUUUUUAAUUUGUCCUGAUGCUAAAACCUAUCAGCUUAGUUUUAUCACAUGGUAGUCUAAACUUCAAGGCUCUCUCUAUCUCCUAGAGCAAUUAUUAGAGCUAAAACCAGUUAUAAGCAAAGUUAUUGGUUAUAAGCAAGGUAUAAGCAGUUAAAGCAAAGUUACUAAUUAUUAAUAUAUGAGAAUUUUAAACUUUAUAAAUAAAUUAGAAAUGUAUUAAUGUAUUUUAAAUACUUUAUGGAAUAAAAUAUUUUGCUUGCUUUUUUCAUUGAUAAAGUUGAUCCUUUGUAUAUUUCCUUAUUCAAAUAAACUCAAUCAUCUUAUCAGGUCAUUUAUUUAAUAAUUAGUUUAUUUUAUUAAAAAGCUAGAAUAUUAAAGAUUUAUACCGUUAAUAUUGAAUAUAACUUUAUAGAAAAGCAUUUUAUAUGUACUAUUCUUAAAGAUCACAAUUAUUUUUAAAGUUUCUAUUUUCAAAUAGUUGUGAUUAAUAAAGCAUUGUAUGAUGAAAUAGCCAUGGCUUAUACAUUUUUGUUUUUUUAUACAGAUUUUUUACUGAUUUUAUUGUGUUGCUGGUAACUACUAUUUACAACUAACCUGUCUAUUCAUAUUUUACAUAUAUAUAUAUAUAUGCACACAGAUGCAUUUACCUUUUCAAAAAAAUGAUUUAUAAGUCAACUGUUAGGCUCCGGUGAUUUCAGUAUUUUGUUCGUGUUUUAUUGGAAAUGCACGUGGUUUCUGAGGCUUUAAACAAAUACAUGGAAUGGUUGAAAGAUUUAUUUUGCUCGUGCUUAGCUAAAUAUGUCAUCUCUAGAAAAGAUUUGGUUUGUUUUGGCACUGUUUUAAAAACUCAAAUAUUUUAAACAUUUGUUAAGUUGGAGCUUGCACAUUUAAUCUAGCAGCCUACGUUCCAGAAGAGCAUCUCAAGUUACCAAUUUUUUUGUAAUCCUUUUACCAGAAUAAUCUUUUUUGAAAAUGUUUUCUUGUGCUCACUUUGGUGCAUAUAUACUGAAAUUUUUUUAAAAAGCUUUUCUUUUUUACUAUAUGUUUUAGCAUAAGUUAAGUUAAACUUCUAUAGGUUGAAUUUUUUAAUGUAGGACUUCAUAAAUAGAAUUUGACAAUGAUAAAUAUGUAUUUUUGAUAAUCAUUAAAAUAUUGCAUACAAUGGUACUCCUUUGCAGAAGUCUUAAUAUGCUUAAUUUUUGUAAUCUAAUUGUCCUCCAAAUAUAGUUUUGGUUUAUGCUAUUAUUUUAGAAGGCACCAAUUUGGGACUAUCUGAUUAUUUAAAAGGGCGUAUUUUAAUGCACAAACUCAAAUUUCUAAAAUACAUGUUUACUUUAUAUUCAGAUAAAAUCCCCUAUUGCAAAUCCUACACGUAUUUCAAUGCAAUUCUUAUACGUCGAUCUUAAUCAAAUUUUUAAGUAUACAAUCCUGAAGACAGUGUACUACAUAUGCACUAUAAAAUAUAUUGCAGUAAAGAAACAGAUUAAGUUCACUGUCAAACUGUCUGACUUCCUUAACAAAUGUAAUAAAGAUAAAUGUCAUUAUGAACAAAUUUGUUAGGUACCUUAGGAAUCUUUCAAAACUAUUUAGAUAUAAAAUAAAAUUAUAGUAAUAAAAUAUUGAAGAUAAAUAUUAUUUUCAGCAAAUAUCAUUAGAAAGAACCUAAGAAAGGAGAUCAAAUUAAUUAAGAAAUAAUAGACUGACUCAAAUCUACCAUAAAGCAUCUCUACUAAUUUUGGAAUAUGUACAUGGAAUUUUGUGUCAAUAGCUGAAAUCUAAAAACAAUGUUUCUCUUGUGUUUGAUUAUUCAAUCAUGAUAAGGUAAAUGUAAACAGACUAUGUAUCACCUGGAGUGAACUUAGAAUUCAAAUCUUAGAGUAAAAGAGGACUAAAAGAGGAACAGAGUGGAGCUGGGCACUAGGUGUCUUUAGGGGCAAAGAUUCUAUAAACUGGUAAUAUUUAAACUAUCACAUUACUUUGUUAAAUUAUUGUUUCACCAUGUAUGGCCUUUGUGGUUUGUCACACAUUUUACUUCUCUAAUGCACAUAAUUGUAACUUUUUUAACUUUAAAAACUUAAUUAUGUUUAAGAAAAUUUUCAAAAUAAAAAUGAACAUAUGUCAUAUUUA